AUGGCGGUGCUGACCGUGCAGAUCGGCCAGUGCGGCAACCAGCUGGGGCAUGCCUUCCUGGACACGAUCUUCAAGCACGUGAGCUCGGCGAAGAACGAAGGCUUCAGGGCGAAGCUGGCAGAUAUGUACUUCGCAGAGGAGUGCCCCUAUGGGAACAACCUCCUACCAGUGAUACAGUAUGCAGACAACAGCAAAGGGAGGAAGUCGCUGCUCAGCGAAAGCAACGAGGUGAUGUGUUUGAACAAUCACAUCGCGAGGUCCAUCCUCAUUGACAUGGAGCCGAAGGUUAUUGAAAAGUGCCUGUACCAGACUGCCGCCGAGGAGAGGAGGGCCCCCCUAGAGAGCGCGAAUGUGAGCAGGACGAAGAAUAAGAAGAAGCAGCCGCAUGGCGCCGCCGGGGAUUCGGAGGCGCAGCAUAAGUACGUGUGCGGGAUGGAGGAGUACUACGAGCCGUCGAACAACUUGAUGAGGGUGUUUCGCGGGGGGGGCCGCCGUCAAGAGGAAGAAGCGGAGGAAGAGGAAGAAGCCGCUGACUCCGCUGACGCCGCAAAUGCCGCCAACGCCGCUUACGCCGCCAACGCCGCGAAAGCGCGAACCGCCAAGCGGGAGUACCCAGUAAACACGUGGAAGUACAACCAGAGGAACUUCAUUUACGGCCUGAACGGGUCAGGCAAUAACUGGUCCUACGGAUUCAACGUGCAUGCAAAAAACAUUUGCGAGGAUUUUCUCAACUUGAUACAAAAAGAAAUGGAGAGUAACGACAGCAAAGAGGGAGUAGACAACAUCCUCCUCUUCCAUAGUCUCGCUGGAGGGAGUGGCAGUGGAAUCAGCUCCUACCUCUCUUACCUCCUAAAGGACGAAUAUGCCUCAGUCAACCUGCUGAACGUGUGUGUCUUGCCCUACACAUUUGGAGAGAUCAGCGUGCAAAGCUUAAACACGGUGCUCUGCUUAGCAUCUCUUUACGAUUCAUCCGAUGGCAUUAUUCUUUUGGAAAAUGAAAAGUUCGAGUUAAUGUGCAAAAGGAUGAGCAACGAAAAUAUUAAUACGGAGGAGAUAAAUCGGCACAUAAGUCUCUUCCUUACGUAUACUCUCGGGUUGCCCCUUGACUUUGCCAAUGUCACAGGGGCUGGUGGGUCAAAGUACACCAAUGCGAUGAACGCCAUCCUCACUGACCUUUGCUGCCACCCCAGUUACAAGCUCCUCACCACAAGGUACCUUCCACAGGUCUUCGAGGAGAACAUGAAAUUCGAGCAGAACACCUUCAGCAUGCUGCUCAAGCGCAUGCACAAGAUGGUUGUAAAUGGGCGCAUCCUGGACUGCGACGCGCCGCACGGGGGGGGAGACCGCUUCCUCCCCGCGGAGAACUCCUCCGUCGAGCCGUACUUCACCCGGCUCUCCUCCAGGGACCUACACAGGAGCUGCGCCUUUCUGAAGCGCGUGCACAUCCCCCUGCACCUCCGCGAAUCCCUCAGCAAGUCGUAUGUCAACGUUCAGCAGAGUUGCGUCCUUCUGCGAAGGGGUGCGAAGAGCUACUCAGCGCGCACGCAGGGGGCUCGCCUUCCCCAAGAAUCCAAACGGGGACCCCCCCCAGGGCGUAUGCACCAGGGGAGUGGAUCCACAGAAGGACCAUUAGCUGGCACCCACUUCCGACACAACAACGUAGUGUUUGGCUCUAAAAUGAUUCUACGUGGAGAGCUGCAAGAAAACCUCAGCUUCGAUUUGUUUAAGAGUCACGUGCUGUAUAACCACAAGUCUCUCAGCCCGCUGGAGGUCUAUAUAGACGAGAAUAGGGACUUCGCCUAUAACAGCUUGGCGAUGGUAUCUAACUGCCUAACCCCGGUGCCUACGCUGAAAAAGAUUUUGCAGAGGGCCAAGAUGCUCUACGGCACCAAUGCGUAUAUGUACCAGUACAACAGCUACGGCGUGUCGCACGACCACGUGCACAGCGCGCUCAUGGCCAUCGAGCAGGUCGUCGGCGCCUACGAGGGGCUCUCCUGCGAGGGGUAGCCGAAACGCGGCAGCGCGGUGAUGUGACGUACCUGGGCACUUCCCAUGUUUAGUGUGGCCAUGUGUUAGCUGUGCGUGCCCGUUCACCCGCGUCCUUUUAUCUUUUCCCCCUCGUGCGUCCUCCACCCCUCCUCUACGAACGGCUACCUCUACGAACUGAUACCUCUACGAACUGCUACCUCUCCUAACGCUACACCUCCGGGUUCUGCUUG